AAAGGCGGAGCGAAGCGGCACCGCAAAGUGCUCCGUGAUAACAUCCAGGGCAUCACGAAACCAGCCAUCCGGCGCCUGGCUCGCCGUGGCGGGGUCAAGCGCAUCUCGGGCUUGAUCUACGAGGAGACCCGCGGGGUGCUGAAGGUUUUCCUGGAGAAUGUGAUCAGGGAUGCGGUCACCUACACUGAGCACGCCAAGCGCAAGACGGUCACUGCCAUGGAUGUGGUGUACGCUCUGAAACGCCAGGGCCGCACUCUCUACGGAUUCGGCGGUUGAGCAAAUCGACCCUUCUCCAGCGAACCCAAAGGCUCUUUUCAGAGCCACCCAAAGUUUCCGAUUGAGAGCGGAGAACCGAGGACGGGCAAAGCAGUGCAUAGGCCGAGAAUACUGUACUUCAGCUGGUUAUUUCGCAUCUUUAACGACUUUUAAUUUGGCUUAAUCCUUUUCAAAAAUGUACACUUUAGAUCCUGCAUUACGGGAGAAAUUUUUCUAAUCAAAAAUAUCCUUACAAUGCACAGGUUUUUCGGCCACUCGACAUUAUACUAAUUGUGUCACAUUGCAGCCAAGAUUUAGAAGCAGCAUUCGGCUGUUCUGCCUAUCCAGUCGGCUCUGUCAUUCGAUCAUGGUUGGUAUGUUUCUCAACCAUAUUGAACCUUAUCGCGUUAACUUUUGAUCCUCUUUCUAUCUCGGUAAUAAUAGCAGUAUGUGUAGUUGGCUGUCUAUGCCAUGUGUUUUUUCAUAAAUUUUGUGAUCCAGACGCUAAUGCUACAUAUUGCAGUAUUUCAGUGAACCUUCCAGGGAGGAUACUUUGUUCAGUUUUGAUUCUAGCAGCCGUACCUAUGUUUUAGU